AACACUGACAGUGAGUGCAACUGUAGUGAGACUCGCAGUGAAUGUAUUGUUUGUUUGCAUGAAUUGCAAGUGAAUUGUCAAACAUUUAUUCAAUUCAUUUGUUUACUAUUAAAUGACAUACAAUUGGAUUUGUAGUCAUAUUCAAGAAAUGCUGUCUUAAUGGUGACCAAUGAGUGUCAUUGUCUUCAAUCUCAUUGAGUGUCACUGAAAUUGAAUCGCUUUUAAGGCAAACAAUGGCCGGAAGUUUUUGGCAGAGCUCUCACUUUCAGCAAUGGCUUCUCACUCGCCAAGACUUGUCACGAGAGAGACACCAAGACUUGCAGAUAGUGACAGACGAGGAAUACCUUAAACUAAUGAUCUUUUUCGCUAAUCUGAUCCAGGCGUUGGGCGAGCAGUUGAAGGUGAAGCAGCAGGUGGUGGCCACAGCUAUCGUCUACUUCAAGCGCUUUUAUGUACGAAAUUCG